CCGCCACCGCCACUGCCGCCUGGGGCAUCCUCCUCCUCUUCCUCUUCCUCCUCUUCCGCCUCCCCGGUGUCCCCUCCCUGCUUCCCUUCCUUGCAGCCGCUCUGUUCCCUUCCCCUUCUCGCCCCAGCGGGAGCCGCCUUUGGGUCUUCUCCCCUCUGUGUCUUCCUCCCCCCUCCCACCGCCCGGCGGGAACCGGGGGACCCCCGGGGGCGGCGGCCGCUGCUGUUGCGGAGGGGGGACGGGCUGCGAUGAGGUUGGUCCAGAGAUGCCGGUCCCCUUCUUCCACCCUUUCCUCUUCCUCCUCCUCCCCUGGGGCGGCGGCGGGGGCGGGGGGCGGUGAGAAUCAGGGGCUGGCUCCCCCUGGGAAGAACCCCUUCGUGCACGACCUGCGCUUCACCCCUUUGCAGAAAGUCCAGAUUGCCUUCAUGACUUUGACCCUGUUUCCAAUCCGACUUUUAUUUGCUGCAUUUAUGAUGUUAUUGGCCUGGCCUUUUGCAUUUGUCGCUUCCCUGGGAUCUGCUGAGAAAGAACUUGAAAAGCCCCUGGCUUUAUGGAGAAAGGUAGUGGACUUUCUGCUGAAAGCCAUCAUGCGGACAAUGUGGUUUGUUGGUGGCUUCCACUGGGUGACUGUGAAGGGCCGACAGGCCUUACCAACGGAAGCUGCAAUCCUGACUCUCGCCCCACAUUCCUCCUACUUUGAUGCCAUUCCUGUAACGAUGACCAUGUCCUCUAUUGUGAUGAAGGCAGAAAGCAGAGACAUUCCCAUAUGGGGAACUCUGAUAAAAUAUAUACGGCCAGUAUUUGUAUCCCGCUCUGACCAAGAUUCUCGAAGGAAAACUGUUGAAGAAAUAAAAAGACGUGCACAGUCUGGCAAAUGGCCACAGAUAAUGAUAUUCCCAGAAGGAACUUGUACUAACAGGACCUGCCUCAUUACCUUCAAGCCUGGUGCUUUUAUUCCUGGUGUUCCAGUUCAACCUGUAGUAUUACGAUAUCCAAACAAACUGGAUACAAUUACAUGGACCUGGCAAGGACCUGGAGCGUUGAAGAUUUUAUGGCUUACCCUAUGUCAGUUUCAUAAUUUUGUGGAAAUUGAGUUUCUUCCAGUAUAUACACCUUCAGAAGAAGAAAAGAAAAAUCCAGCAUUGUAUGCAAAUAAUGUGAGACGCAUAAUGGCAAAGGCCUUGGGAGUUUCCGUAACAGAUUACACAUUUGAAGACUGCCAGCUGGCAUUGGCUGAAGGACAGCUUCGUCUCCCUUCAAACACCUGCCUUUUAGAAUUUGCCAAGCUUGUGAGAAGCCUUGGGUUAAAACCAGAAAAACUUGAAAAAGAUCUGGAUAGAUAUUCAGAAAGUGCUAAGAUGAAGAAUGGAGAAAAAAUUAGUCUUUCAGAAUUUGCUGCAUACAUGGAAGUCCCAGUCUCUGAUACAUUAGGUGACAUGUUUGCUCUAUUUGAUGAGGAUGAAAGCGGUAAAAUUGACUUGCGGGAAUAUGUAAUUGCUUUAUCUGUAGUGUGUAGACCAUCCAAGACUUUGGAAACAAUUCAGCUGGCUUUUAAGAUGUAUGAAUCACAGGAAGACGGAAGCAUAAGAGCAGAGGAUUUGGCUUGUAUUCUGAAGACAGCAAUAGGUGUUGCCGAGCUUAAUGUAACUGAUUUUUUUAGAGCUAUCGAUGAGGAAAAAAAGGAGAAGAUCACAUUUGCUGACUUCAGCAGGUUUGUAGAAGUGUACCCAGACUUUGCAGAAGAAUAUUUAUAUCCAGAUCAAGCAAGUUUUGAAAGCUGUGUUCAGACACCCUCUGCUCCAACUCCUAAUGGUUUUUGUACUGACUUCAGCCCAGAAAAUAUUGAAGAUGAGAGGAACCCCUUUCAGAAGAAAUUGAACUAAUACUGAAGCAUUGUCUCCUCCUGGUGAAGAGGAGAAGCCCUUGCCUAGGUUCCAUUAUCAUUCCAAUACACAUGACAAUAUAUACUCCCUGUUAUUUGUGUGAGAAGUUCCAGGUUUUUCUUUAUCUCUCAUUCAAUGUAAAUGUAUUCUCUUCAAACUUAUCUGGAAAGAUUUGGGUUUGGGUUUUUUGUUACUGUUGUUUUUUCCAUAAAAAGUCUGUGAGAGCCAAGACUGUGAAUGUGCUACCUUCCUUGUAUUUUAUGUGUGUUUGAAAAGAAGCCACACACUUAUUUAUAUUCCAUUGUUUAAUUUCUUGUACAAAGUGUCUUAGGGAGUGUGCACGUAUAAAGAAUAAUGUAGCUGCUGUGGUCUUAAGUGCACUUUGGUGAUUAGUGUUUUUCUGUGUUUGAGGACAGUUAAAUUCAGGCUGUCUUCAGUAUCGGGUUCAACAAAUCAUGCAAAGGAGGUUGUUUCAUUUAGUUUUGGGAGGGCACAAAGUGGUCUAAAAAUCUGGUUUUUAAGUUUUAUCAAAACUUUGCAAGUGGUCCUUUAUGUUGUAGAUCCCAUGGUAGUACAAAAGGUUAGGGAACUCUGACCCCAAGACACUCUUUGUCUACACUUGAAAGUUUUAAUUUGUUGUGUGUGUUUUGGGAGCCGAUAUAAAAGAUCUGCCACCUUCCACAAAUACAGAAUGUGGAAGAUGCAUUGUCUGUUUUCCAUGUGUGUCUAAAUCUGUGUGGGAGCUUGUAAAUGUUUUUAUAAUCUUCCUUUAGAUACUUCAGGAAACAUUCAACACUUUUAUGAAAGGGAGACUUGUUUUUCUACAUUCCUUCCCCCCCCCCCCACUCCCCCACCGCCAGCCAAACAGUGUGUGGGGAAUAUUUAAUUAUAGUUCUGGAUUUUUUUUAAAUAUUAUAUGUAUUAAGCUCUUGGUUUUGGAUCUGUUUUAAAAUUCCAGAUAGAUUUCUACUGAGGCAAGCUAUUCUAGCCACUUGAAGUCUAUUGAUUCAUAAAGGUAUUCUUAACAGUGUAGCCCCUAACCAAAAAUAUCUUGUUUCCACUAAUUGUGUUAGGAUUCUUUUGGUAGAUUUUUUUUUCAUAUUAACAACUUUAGGAUUCGGUUGUAAAUUGGUUUCAUUCAACAUAGAUUAAUCUCUGAUCAAAGUAUUUGUAUAUUGCUGAAAAUAUUAUAAGGUUUAAAAAUGGAAGAUAAUUUCUUCUUUAAUGAAAGGAGUUCAACAGAUUCCAGGUUAUUGUAUUAUUUUAACUACUUUGAUAAACUGCAAUAUGUUUGGAGUAGAAAAAUGAGUAUCUCGUCAAACUUUUUCCUGUCAAACUAGUUUGGCUCCUCACUCCCACCCCCCAAUUAUUGUUUAUGCAAAUAGAUCUGUCUUAAGCUUAGGGGCUAGGCAUGGGUGGAGGGAAAAUGAACUAGGAAUGUGGUUUUUUUCCCGUCUAUUCAAUCUUCCAAGAGAGAGAAAUCUGUCUGUUAGCUUAACAUCAAAACAUAGCUUGUCCUGUAGAAGAACAGAAUAAGUAUAGUAGCAUAAAGAGUCUGAAGUUUGAUUUGCAGGCACUAGUGCAGCCUUAUGCAUUUGCCAUAUUAAUUGUCCCCAUUCUAAAAUGUUGAAUCCUAAGUGUCACCUGGUAAAACUGAUGUGGAAAUUCCUUCGUAUCGGGGCAAAAAACAGUCUUACUGGGAUAUGUGUAUAGAAAUAUAUAUAUAUAUACAUAUAUAUUUUUUUUAAUUGUUCUCUUUGUGUCAGAGAGAUAAAAUACUAGAGUGAUGCUUCCAGGAAGUUUGGAGGACAGGAUAAUUUGGUUUCCCCUUUGAUCCUAUUUGUGGUACGUGAUUUUGCAUUCUUUUGUAGCCAAAAUUAAGCAGAAAUUCAUUCUCAAAGCCCAGUAAUUGGUUACAUGUUCUAGCAUGUUUCCUAAAAGCGUAUGUGUGUGUGUGUACACACACAUGCGCCUCUGGACUUAAUUGAAAUUAUAUAGUUUUCAUUUAUAAAUAGAACUGGAUUUUUUUUUUCCUCUUAGGCAUCUCUUCACAAAAUGAAUGUCAUAGCCAGAAAAGUAGAGCAAAAAUCUCAUUUUCAUUUAGGGUCUUUAAGUUAGGUGUUUUUUUCUUUCUACCAGUGAGGAUUUUGAGAACUUUACAUUUUUCAGUCCUUUUUAGAUAAUCUGUUAAAUUUUUUCCUAAAUUUUGCUAAUUUGUGUAUAAGAAUAGAGAUUUCUAUUUUUUAUUCAGAUCAAGGGUGAAAUAAGUCUACUAGAGUGAAUUUCAGAGCCUCAUAGGAUAUACUGGACACAAAACAACUCAAACGUGGACUUAGUAGCUAAAAGUUACUAGUAGAUAUUUUAUAUAGUGAAUAAAUAUUCAUCGUGUCCUUUUAAAGAGAGAAAAAUCCAAUGUUCAAAUAUGAUAUUUUUUAAAUGGUAAAUGAAAGAGGUUGGUAGAACUGAGAUCCUGAAGGGAAGGGACCAAAAAAAAAAAAUUCUGAAGUUGCCUCAAUUCUUUCAGGUCUGUAUAUGAAGUGAUUUUUGUAUGAUAUAUGCCACUGAGCAUUUUCAGAAAAAAAAAAUCUCUGAUCCACAGACUUGUAUUGAAUGUUUGUACCUCCUGAUUCUCUGUUUUUCUUAUGUAAUAACUCUAAAUAGUUCAUGUGCAUUCAGAACUGUGAAUGUAGAUAAUCUUAUGGUAAAUAACUCUUUUUGUCAGGUUGGGGAGAAAGGAGAGCUUUAAUACUUUUUAUGCUACCAUGGUUUUGAAAACCAGGAUUAGCAGGCAUGAGACAGCUGUUGAAGCCUGUGAAUGUAUAUGUUGGGAGGGUGGGGGAUAAACAGGGGAUAAAGUCAUGUCCAUUUUGUCAUUGUCUAUCAUAAAAAUAAUUUUGAAUUUUAAAUGUUGAUGAAAUAAAAAUGUAAAAAUCUUAUAUACUUAAGCAUAUAUUUUGUUACAUGUUGUCUUUUUUUGUGAAGAUCAAACUAGAUGUUUCAUAUAUUUUGGAGGUCAAAUUUAACCAAAGUUAAUGUUUAUGAUAGUACUCUUCUAGGUAAGAAAUAUUUUACACACACACAUAUAUAUAUAUAUAAAAUCAUGUGAGGGAAAAGGAAUACCAUAGAAAGAUUCCAUUUAGGACCCUUUUUUAAAGCUAUUAUGUAUAUAGAAUAUAUUGAGAGUUCAAGCUGUGGUUGUUUGUCCAUCUUGUAUUAGUGCUUUGUUUAUAUUAAACAAUCUAAUCAUGGUGUAUAAAUCCUAUAUCUGAUGUCCCUUAUAAAAUUAGAAAUGUUGAAGAAAUAGAAAUGCUUAAAUCUUCCUACCGAAUGUCUUCUAAUAACCAUGGCCAUAUAUAUGUUAGCUUUUAACAAUAUUCAGUAAUGUAGUGCUAUAAUUUUCUUCUGGGAUAUUGACUGAGGCUCUAGGUUUAACUUUUUGUAAUUCUUUAUUUCUCUCCAGGAUCAUCAGAAAACUCUAGUUUAAUCAUAGAUAAAUGAUUUUUUUUUAAAUUAAACAGCCCCAUCUUUAUUUCAGGAGGGCAUGAACUAACUACCUCCUAAAGUACCAAGGGGAGAUGAGCACCCUAUAGCCUAAUACUUCUUAGCCUCAUGUUUUCUCUACCAAUAGGAUCAAUGUCUGGCUCAUUGAAGGGAGGGGUAUUUAGGCUCCCACAGCUAGGUGCUGUCCAUAUGGGCUGAAACACUAGGAAAACUCAAUAUUCCCCUAGUAGGAAGCACAGACUUUUCAGCUCCACAGUAAUGAAGCUACUGGAUGGCAGUGUUGUCCAAGUGGUGCUGUGAUGGCUUCCCCUUUCUCCAACCAUGAUCUCUGAUUUUUGCUGUAUCCAUGCUGAAAAGGUGAGUUAUCGUCCUUCCUUUUUCCCUUCCAAUCCCCAUUCUUUUAAGGUAUACAAAUGCACUAAACUGUCUUAGGACUGAUUACUCACCCAACAGCCAGGAAGAUGUCUGUUCUCAAAGAAGAGUUAUGUCAUUUCCCCAAAAAUGUUUUAGAUUUUCUUUUAUGUUGAAAUAUUCUUUUUGUUUGUUUUUUUGUUUGUUUGUUUGGGUUUUUUUGCGGGGCAAUGGGGAUUAAGUGACUUGCCCAGGGUCACACAGCUAGUAAGUGUUAAGUGUUUGAGGCCGGAUUUGAACUCAGGUACUCCUGAAUCCAGGGUCGGUGCUUUAUCCACUGAGCCAUCUAGCUGCCCCCUGAAAUAUUCUUAAUAUUCAACCACUUUUGAAACAGGACUCCUGAAGACUCUAAUGCACUGCAUUUAACAAGUGGGUCAUAUUUUAAACCUAAUCAGAUGCUGUACCUACAGAGGCAAGAUGGCAUAUUGGAUAGAUUUCUGGUCUCAAAGCCAGUGAACACCUGGAUUCAAUUGCUGCCACUGACCUGGUUGUGACCUGGCUGACUGUGGGACCAUUGACAAGUCACCCUCACAGUGCUCUAAGCAACCUGCUAAGACCAUAAGUUUUAGAAAAGAAUAAGUUGUACCUUUAUUGGUAGAGGGAUUUCUUCAUCCAGGAGUUCCUUGGAUCAAUGAAAUUAUAUAUCCAGUCCCUAUCCCUUCCUGAAACACCAAUGUUUCAGCUUAUACAAAUUGAAAACUUUCUUCUUUCCCUUCACUUAUACAAGAUAAUUCCAUCCUGUCCAAGACAAGAUAUUGGGUGCCCUCAUCAAUUCCAAUUUUCUUCCUAAGAAAAAUCAUCUUUGUCUCAAAGAAGAAGCCACCCAACACAGAUGGUUCUUAUACUAAGUACCAUUAAAAAGAAGGGUUCUUUAUAGCAAAACUUUAUUGGGCUAACAGUAGAUAAUGUUUAAAUUAGUUCCAUAUUUUGGAAAUAAUCCUUUCUGGCAAAUAUUCUCUGGCCGUUCCUACAUAAUAAUCAUGCUUUCUAAUGAAAAUCCCUAAUGGUUUACUGUCUGCCUCACAGGCAUCCAUCAAUGGAGAGAGAAGAGUUGAAUUAAGCCAUACCUGAACCCUUUAUAGUUUUCUCAACAUCAAAUAUGUAAGCUUAUUGAAGGCAGGAACUGUUUAAUUUUUCUCCUUGUCUCCCAAGUGCCUGGCAUACAUUAGGCACUCAAUAAAUGUUUUCUGGUUGAUUAAUCAAAUAGAAAUUACUCUUCACUUCCCCUUAUCCCUUUCCAAAUCAGACAUUUAGGCUCUCGCACGCGCGCGCUCUCUCUCUCUCUCUCUCUCUCUCUCUCUCUCUCUCU